CACUGUUUUUGAGCGGAGCUCCACUGCCAGACACCACUCAGCCAUCUACCACUACACACCCUCACACAUACUCGCUCUCACCAUACAAGAGCCCAGAUCUCCAUCAUAGCAUCAUCUUCUCAAAUCUAAAAACAAAAAAGAAGAAAAAAAUACCACGCCAGCUCUGGGAAGGCUGGGUCGAGACUGGAGAGGGCAACUGAAGAAUGGAAUGGAACCUCAGAAGAAUGGAAAGUGAACUGAGACAUAUCAACCCAGACCUGCUCCAGCCCAGCAAGAGCUUUAAGAAGCCCUCAUCAGGCACUAUCACUCUAAACGUAGGGGGCUUCCUGUAUACUGCUCAUCGGACCACACUUGCUAAGCACCAGGGUUCCUUUCUGGAAGAGUUGGCCAACGGUAAGAAACCCGUCCAGCACAUGGAUUCAAUGGGAAACCCAUUUAUCGACAGAGAUGGUCCAGUUUUUCGACAUGUGCUCAACUACCUCCGAACCGGAGAGCUCCAACUACCAGACGAUUUCCGGGAGGCGGGGCUCCUUCGAAAGGAGGCAGAUUUUUAUCGUCUGGUUGAACUUGUAGAAGCCGUGGCUGAGUGGGAAAGUCAGAGGGCAGCCCAGCGGGAGCCUGCAUUUUUGGAGGUGACGGACAGCCACGAGAGGUCACAAGGGCUCAAGGUGUACUGCAGCGAUGCCACAUUCAUCGACAAGGUGAAAAGCCGGCUGGUGCAGAUCUCCAAAAGCCGCUUAGAUGGCUUUCCAGAAGAAUUUGAGGUGUCAUCUAACGUGAUCCAGUUCAGACAUUUCAUCAAGUCGGAGCCGGGCUCGCGGCUCGUGCUCAAGGAGGACAGCACAUUCUUGUGCACGCUUGACUGUCUGAAACUCGAGACAGUGAUGCUAGCCCUCAGAUCAGGCUUCAGGCUGGCCACCAGCCUCGACAGCAGCAAAGGCUCCGUUGUUGCAGCUGAGGCCCUGCAUUUUGUCAAGUAGGUUGGCUGGGAGAUGGAAGAAAAGAGGAGAGGUGUUGAGGGCAAGAGGGGGGAAAAAGAAGUAGUGCCUGAUUCCAUAUCCACCACUCCAACAUUUGAUAUUGCCUUGAGGGUCUUGUAAUGUGUGCUGAGUUGUGAUUUGUCAUUGGUGGGAAAAGAAAGCAAUAGACAGACUGUGCUUUCUCGUGGUGUUUAUAUAAUCAUUGUAUAAUGUUGGCUCACAAUCAAAGCAUUUAAUUAGCCUGGGGUGAUACAGGUUCCAUUAUCUACAGGGAUGCUAUUUUGUUAUCAACCUUUUUGACAAAACUGAAUUGAUCCCCGUCAGUUCGACUUUUCAAAAUCUGACUGACCAUGUUUACCCCCAAAGUGCUAUCCUGUCACAGUGACUCCUUCAAAAUAUAUGGCUGGUGUAAAACCAUGGACCGCUUUAUCUGCACAAUUUCUGCUUCUGCUGCUUUUUGAAUUGAUGCAGAGCCCUCAACACCAGCUAUGGUGUGCACCACUGUGCCAUUCAGCUUUUACUACAAUGUUUGUGUUACAAUACAAUGUGUGUACUUGGUUUAAUAACUCAUGCAUUGUCCUCAAACAGGUUGGCCACCUACUCAGAAUAGGCAACUGUUUCAUGUUUCACUACAUCAAGCUGAGUUUUAGUGCUAACAGCUGUGACUGUUGUAAGGGCUUCGAAUCGAGCAUGAUACAUUUGUGCACUAAAUAAAUUUUGUGUUGGUGCGGUGUGCCUCUGUGAAGUCAGUGAGUGCAUCAACAGUGACUGCAACUUUUCGAUGUGAACAAUUUAUGAAUAAAAUGAAACUGAAACCCUCUGUGCAAGUACAGGUCUUUUUCAAACAAUUAUUUUUGUGCAUGGUGUACUUUGUACCAUUUUUCACUAUUGCUUCUAUUUAUUCAUUCAUUUUCUACUGCUUAUCUUCAAAGUCACAAGAGAGAUGGAACUUAUCCCAGUUAACUUUGUGCCACCGUAGACUGGUCUCCCGGAAAAGCGAGAUGAAUUUUCACCGACUGAAAGACAAGACAAAGUAGAAUGUGUGUUGCUUGUAGAACAAUUGCACAUUCAACAAAAAAUACAAAGUCAAGAAAAGAUGGGUUUGCAUAAAAGUUUAGGAACCAAUGUUAAGAUGCUCAAAUAAAUUAAAAAAAAGUUCUUUGGUUUAGCAUCAAGACCAAAUCAAAUCAAUUUAUAGACUUUAAAGAAAGACAAGUCUUGUCACGGUCUUGCACUAAAGUACAUCUUGGGCAUUUUAGAGCCACAUAAACCAUCUCGGGCUCUGAGAAGCUCAGGGAGUGGCCUCCUACGGGGGCCCAGAGUCAGGUGAGGCUGCGUUUCAGUUUUAUGCUGCCAAAAUCUGGAACAGUCUUUCAGAAGAUGUGCGACAAUCCUCAACUUUGCAAAUGUUCAAGCCCAGGCUGAAAACACUUCUCUUCAACUGUGCAUGACAACUGAAAGUAUUUUAUCUGAACUUUUCAUUUUUAUUAUUAUUGUUUUUUUAUUUAUGAAAUUUUAUGUAAUGAUUUUAGAAUGAUUUUAUGGAAUGAUUUUAUCAA